AACGUACCAUUCGGCCUCCAUCAAGUGGGGGAAAUGUUUAUACACUUAAAAAAUACCCAUUGCCCUGUGCAUCUAGUACUACCGUAAUAUGGCGUUUGUCCUGUCAUGCCAUACACAGAAGUAACUAAAAGGCAGCAGGAAAGCGGUUAUGGCACCGAGGCACAUAGCGGCUGUGUUUGCGAAUGGUUCGGUCCUGGCGCUGAAGCUUCUGGCUGUCAUGGCGGCGCCCUGUGUGCGGCUGGGCUCGGUGCGCUGUACAGGGACGCUUCUCAGGUAUUUCUGUGGAAGUGCCAGACACCGAGCUGCUGCUGCUAGUCAUGAAGAAAUAGACAUUCCAAGAAGAAAAUCCUGGGACAAAACCGCUGUCCUGCAAGCUCUAGCCUACACAGUCAGCCAUGACCCUACAGCUGCGCAUUACAUGUUUCAAGAUGAACCCUUUCUGGCGCCGAAAACAUCCUCCGAGUUUCGUUUAUAUUCAUUAUCCAAGGAGUCUGGCCGAAAUGCAGCCAAGUACAUAAUCGGCACUUACCCCAACCUCUUUCAGAAUGACGUAGCCGAGCCGCACAUUCCGUGUUUGAUGCCUGAGAAUCUCCAGCCCCAGGUUGAAGGUGUUAGCGAGGAGGCAUUAAAGGAGCGCAUUCAGCUGAGGAGGGUCAAGGAGUCUGUGGAUCUGUUUGACCAGCUCCUACAAGGAGGAACAGCACCUUCCCUAGAGACAACAAACAAGCUCCUGGAUCUCAUUUCGUUCUAUGGGGACCGAGAGCCUGUUCGGGACAUUCAGACAUCAGAACAAGAGCAGCAAGAAGUUCAAGAUCAGCAAGAAACCGAAGACCCCAAGAAGAGACCAAGGCAGUACCGAAAAGCCUCUGAAAUUCUUGGUUCUUGGAGAGAGAACAACAAUGCUGAGAGGAUAUUCAAUUUGAUGCCUGAGAGGAACGCUCAUUCAUUCUGCACCCUGAUCCAGGGCAUGGCGAAGUAUGGAUCUUCUAGCAAAGCCUUUAACAUUUACACUGACCUGAUGAACAAUAGAUUGACAGCGGAUGUGCAGACGUUCAAUGCCCUGAUUCUGGCGGCUCCUGAUAUAAAAGAGAAGUACAAUGAGAAGUGGGAUCUGAUUGUGGAGCUGCUGAAGCACAUGGUGCAGCAAAACGUCCGGCCAAACCUGCUGACCUUCAACUCUGUCCUGAAGAGCUUACGGAAGUGCGGCCCAAUGGCCAAAGGGUUGGCGCUGCAGACUAUAAAUGAAAUGAAAGCACUUAACAUAGAACCAAGUCUGGCCACUUACAACCACCUCCUGGGAGUCUUUUACAAAGGAGCUUUAUCUCCAAGGGGCCAGACUGAAAUCCUUUCUGAGGUGCUGGAUGAGAUCGAAGGCAGAAGCUUUACCCUGCGGGACCCGGAUGAUGUGUAUUUUUUCACAAAUGCGAUGAGAGUGUGUUUGGACCUGAAGGACAUUGAGCUGGCCUACCGGCUGCACACACUGCAACAGACUGCUGAUAACAGAGGGCUAAUGGGAGACUUCUACCUGCAGAGCACAUACUAUGGCAGGUUCUUUAACCUCCUGUGCAUGAUGGAGAGCAUCGAUAUCAUCCUGAAGUGGUACCGAGAGCUUAUCCCCUCGCUGUAUUACCCAAACUCCAGAGGCAUGCUGGACCUUCUGCAGGCACUUGACAUGGACAAUCGCUUGGACUUGAUUCCUCAGAUCUGGAAAGAUAUAAAACAGAUCGGACACAGUAACAAAGUUGAAUUGGUGGAGGAAGUGUUGAACUUGAUGGCCAGAGACAUACAGCCACCAGAGCUUCAGGCAGCCUUUGGUGACACCGCUCUGGAUAUAAAGUCUUUGUAUGAAGUGAAGGACCGCGUACGGGUAGCCUUGGAGUGGUCUGCUGGCUCCCUGGGAAACGUAUCAGCCCUGCUGGCAAGGGCUGGGAAAACAGUGGAGGCUUGGAAGAUGCUACAGCUUUUCAAAAAAAGCCACCGAGUGCCCAGCACCGAGGUCCUCGACGAGUUCUUGAGCAGAGCCAAGGUGGAUGCCAAUACCAACCUGGCCAUUAGUCUGGUGCAGCUGGCAGUUGGGUUCUGCCUCCCCAACACAGCAAAGCUGGCACAGCGCGUCAUGGAGGAAUUCACCGUCUCUGAGGAGCAGAGGCUGACCCUGGAAGACUUGCAGAAAUCUCACAGCAGCAGCAGCAGCAGUAGUAGCAGCAGCGAGAGCAGCGACAGUGACCGCGAGUGAGAUGAGCCAAUCGCUUCCAAGAGGAUUAUCAUUCAGUUUAUUCCUGCGGGCAACUGGGAUCCAAUCCUGGGCUACUGACCUCGUCUCGCUGACUGUGUCCAGAGUCUGAACUCACAAACAGACUGUAACUGCAGAAGGCGGAUUGCUAGGAAUGUUUCUGUUACAGACACCACUGCAGAACAUUAUUAUGUAAAAAUUGUAUUAAAUGUAAUAUCUUUCCAGGGUU